AUGGGAUUGUGCCUUGAUAAGAUAGAGAAAUCGAUUGCUUACAUGGAUGAGACAUAUGAUGCAAAUUUCGGCGACUGGAUACGAAAUGAAGAAAAUGCACGGAUAGUUGCAUACAACAUGAGAAAGUAUGUCGACAUCUACAAGCCCUCAGACUUCAUCAUUGUUGUUAAGUGGAUAGUCAAGGAUUGGACAUUGAAGUCGAUCAUAAUAUUUUCAAAGAAGAUGCUGAUUGAAGAUCUUAAAGUGCUUGGCUUCAAGAAAACUGACGAAGACAAGAGCAAGUAUAAUAGAAGAAUCAAGAUCGUCUCUGGGCUUGUUUAUACAUGGAAUCCGGUGUUUAUCACAGAGUUUGUUAUCUCUAUAACAAGAUCAUUUACCCAAAAUGAAAAAUGCAGGCUACUAACAAACGUGCUUGAAAUCUUUGAACCAAAAAAAAUCUCUGAGAUUCUGUCACAGCUCCAAACCAAAAUCGAUCAAUGGACUUGGAACGAGCUUUUCAAAACAUUCAAUGGCGAUUCAUUCAAAGCGUCAAGGCAGAGAAUCAAAAGAACUGCCAGUAUGUUGAGAGCAUACAAUAUAGGGCAUUCAAAUUAA